AUGCAUGGCUGGGGUUCACAUGAACAAUUACUAGCUGAAUAUCCAUUGGUUGAUUUCUUGCUACAGACAUUGAAUGUAGCAGAAGUACAAGAUGUCAUUUUAAAAUUAAACUGCUACGAACGAAAGAAUGAUCAAUUUACGAUAGCAAAAUUGGUUGAAGAAAUUGAGAAUCAUUAUCAAAAUCAAUUGAUGAGACAAAUUCAUGUAGUAGUUCUCGGUCUGGACGUACUUGGAAAUCCAUUCGGUCUUAUACUUGGAGUUGCUGAAGGUGUUGGAUCAUUCUUUUAUGAACCAUACAAGGGUGCUAUGGAAGGCCCAAUACAAUUCAUUGAAGGAAUAGCAAUCGGUACUCGACAUUUGCUUGGUUCUGCCGUAGGCGGUGCUGCUGGUGCUGUUUCAAAGAUUACUAGUGUAGCUAGCAAAGGUUUGGCAACAUUAACAUUCGAUGAAGAUUACCAAAAUGCUCGAAUAGCACGUAAAGAAGUUGCUGGACAUACAGUAUCUGAUAUUGUUCUAAGUGGAAAAAAUGUUGGCAAGGAUAUUACUCAUGGCGUUAAAGGUGUAGUGAAGAAGCCAGUGGCCGGUGCCAAAAAAAGAGGUACACCAGGUUUUAUAACAGGCUUAGGUAAAGGUUUUCUUGGACUAAUCGCACGACCAGCAAGUGGUAUUGCUGAUUUUACUAGUACAUCGUUCGAUUUGAUCAAACGAGUGGCCGUGCAUGAAGAAGUUGUUCAUCGUGUUCGAAGUCCACGUCACGUUGGUCGAGAUGGCAUUAUUCGACCUUCUACUGCUCAUGAAAUAAGAGGAUUUUAUAUUUUGGAUGUUAGUGUCUAA